GAAAGCCUAUCGAUAGAAAAAAGUUGCAACUCUGCUCGUUUGGGUGUGUGUGUGUGUGUGUGAGUGUGUGUAAAGUUCUUCGCAAGUCGACGACCACGCGCUGCCUUUGGUUUUAUUUCGGCUAUAACUCUGCCUAGAUCUGUACCCCCUCAAUAUGGACAAUCCUAGGAAAAGCCUGCGCUGGAGCAUGCACCAGAGCACGCUGAUCAGCACAUUCGCGACGCUACUGGACACCCAGACUCUAGUCGACUGCACGAUCUGCGCCGAGGGCAAAUCCAUUAAGGCCCACAAGGUGGUUCUGUCCGCCUGCAGUGCAUACUUUGCCACCAUAUUUCAAGGACAUAACGAAAACUUUCCGUGCGUGCUACUAAAGGAUGUCAAGUACCAGGAUCUGCGCGCCCUGAUUGACUACAUGUACCGCGGCAAGGUCAACGUCAAGCCGGACCAGCUAGAAGGGCUUGUCAACGCGGGAAAAUUGCUGCUGGUCAAGGGCCUGUUCGAGGCCGACCCCAAGCCUGAGGCUUCUCAGCAUGACCGUGGUGGCGCCCUCCCACUGGAGCAGGCCACCGACGGCACAAUGGACACCACUGGGGCGAAUGAUUCCGGAGACAACUCGAAUUCUUCUAUUAUUCAUGCCGCCUCCGGCCUGGUCGAGACCGAGCUUUCCGAUGGCGCCCGUUUCGUGGCCAAACUGACCAAAAAACCACUGACCACUUUACGUUUGCCAACGUUGUGACAAAAAAUAUCGCUGGCAGGAAGGUCUGCGUUGGUGCGUUGGCAAGAGGGGAAUGUUUCGCUGUCCUUAUUGCGCCUACGACACGGAUCAGCUCGCAUUCCUUAGCACAAAUCCAAAUGUUUCCCAGGGCAAA